AUGAAUAAAAAUUUGAAUGAUGAAAAAAAGGUUUCCAGUUCGGAAUACUUUUCCGUUCACUUUAAUAAGAAAAAUGAUUGUGUCGAAGAGGAAUUAAUACAAGUUAAAAAAGGAAUUACGCUUUUGGAAGCUAUAGAUAGCGCACUUAAGCGAAGGAAUCUUAGAGCAUCACAAAUCAAUAUUACUGAUGGUUACAUUUAUAGUGGUACAGAAAAAGGGUCUCCAUCAUAUGCAUGUUCGAUAGAUGAAAAUAUUGAUACUGCAAACUUACCUGGCAGGAUUCUUAUUGUAAGAGAAAAGAAUGAUUCCUAUCUAAAAAGCUCUAAAGCUGGAGGAUUACAGAAAGCAGCAUCUUUUGGAUCACGCACUAGACCGUCACGCCUUUUGUCAUCAGCUUCUACAGAGGAAACCAGCUCCGAACCUGAUCCAAAGACUAUUCCUGCAAAACAACUCAAGCAGAGAUGGUCCGGUCUUUUUGGUGUCAAAAAUCCACAACAAAAUCAAUUAUGUGAACUUUUAAGUAAAUUUUCAAAAUCAGGGGGACCUCCAAAAAAGUAUAACAUUAAACUAGAACAUCAAACUUGUGAAACUGAUGCCUUAAAAUAUUUGAAAAAUAGUCAUAAAUGUUGGCGUGAAUUUAUUUAUUAUGAAAAUUUACCUGAUAACGAAAUAAAAAUUCAGUCAGCAAUAUGGGAACUUGUAACAACGGAAAUUGAUUACAUAAAUACUUUACAAACCGUUACAGAUUUGUUUCUAGCCUGCUUAGAAGCUAUUCAAGAAGAAAAUAUUUUAGCAGAUGUUGAUCAAAACAAAUUGUUUUCAAAUAUUCGCGAAAUAUGUGAAUCCAAUAUAAAAUUUUGGGCAUCGUAUUUAUUCCCAAUGGUUGCAAAUAGUAUUGCAAACGGUUCUCCCCUACAAAUUGAUUAUUUUGAGCAAGGUUUUGUCACAUUUGGUUCAGUGUUUUCCUCUUAUAAAGUUUAUUGCGCUGAACAAAGUACUUGUCAAUUUUAUUGCAAAGAUUUAAACCGAACAAAUACCGUAUUUACAACAUAUUUGGCAUGGUGUGAAUCACAAAAGAAUUGUAAUCGAUUGCGUCUUGCUGACAUACUUGUGCGACCAAUGCAAAGACUGACUAAAUAUAGUUUAUUACUAAUAGCAAUAAGAAAACAUAUAGUUAUUGAAAAUGAUGGAGAAAUGCUUGACUCAAUGAUUCGUUCUGUUGAAAAUUUUGUUUACAGCGUGAAUAACCACUUAUCAACCAGACAAGAAAAUGAACGUUUAAAAGGCAUCAUGGCCCGAAUUGAAUCAUAUGAUGUUGUAGAAACUAAUAAUGAACAAUUAGAAAAACUUGUCAAACAAUAUAGUCAAAUGUUUGAUUUGUGUGCGCCUAUGAAAGGGUGUUCCAGUCAACACUGCCGUCAUUUGUUCAUGGAAGGCGAUUUGAAAUUAAAAGAUAGUGCCAGCAAAUCAGAUGUACAUUGUUUUUUACUAACAGAUAUUCUUCUAAUAUGCAAAACUAUUUCAAAGAAAAAUCAGGGAACCCUAAAAGUAAUUCGCCAACCCUAUUUCACAGAUCGUUUAGUUAUAAAAUAUAAAGACAAUUCUCUUCAUUGUAUUUACUUAAAUGAAUUUCAAGUACCCACUUCAGCAUUUUCCUUACAAUGUUCGGAAGCUAAAAAUUGGCAUGAUGGUAUAACGAAAGCGAAACAUAUCUACACAAGACUGAAGCAAAAUAUACAACUGGAUAUCAAUUUACGAGGCUAUAAUCAGAGCACUAGUGAUGAUAAUGUUAAUAUACUAUGUGUAAGAAAAAGUCCCUUGAAUAGCUCUAAGGGCAGUCGCAUCUCCAGUUUAAAUAAUAGUCACAGUGGAUCUGUUGAACUCAAUGAUUCAAAAAAUAUAUCAAUCGAUUUUGAGAAAGCGAAUUCCUUAUCUAGUGAUGAGAGCACACACUUCAAUAACCAACAUACAAUACAGAAGACAAAAUCAUCUACAACAGUUGACACACAAAAACAAAAAACCGCAACGGCAAACACGUUGAGUGUGGAACCACUUCAUAGCUUGGGUCAAAGCUUGCCAAACUUAACUUCACCACAUAAUCAAGUCAGUAACAAUACUCUGCUUGUACCGGAAUACGGAAGAGGUUGUUCCAAAAACAAUUUAUUAUCAUCAAAUCAUCGUGGAAUAUCUUACCCGCCACCAAGUCCGACAAGAGCUACACUACGAAGAGGCUUAGCAUUCUCAUCGACAAUUAAAAACCCGCCAUUAUUAAAAAGUAGGAAUAUUACAUCUCAAAAUAGUGUUAACUCGUGUCAAGGAUUAUUGCUUAAAACAGAAAAUAAAGUUAUGCAACACCAACAAGACGGAUCUUCUCAUUUUCCUGAUUUAUCAUCAUUUGCAUCAUCAGAUUCCGAGGUCUCAUCGAAUCCUACUCAAAAAACGAACCCCAAUAGUAACACUUCAGCAGUGACACCACGAAAUUCAACACUCAAUCUGGCACAAUCUCCGAAUGAAACUAACGUUUAAUGUAGUUACUAUUUGCCGCUUUAAUUUAUUAUUAUAGAAUGAUUUAAAACAAGAAGUAAUGUAAAUAAUUAGCAAACUUCUCCAAUUUUUAACACAAACACAUUUCAGCACAAAAAAGCAAAAAACCAAAACACUAAAAGAGAAUUUGUACUUACUUACCUAGGCAUAUUUAUAUUUUAAUAUAUGUAAUUAUCUAAAUAUUUAGGAAAGCAUAUCAUGUUGCUAAAUUUAGUUUUAUUGAAUUAUUCAUUGUAUGGGAAAUUCCAUUUGAUUAUACAUAUAUUAUAUUUAUUUCCUAUACUUAUAUGUAAUAAAAAAGUGAACAUACAGACGUAAUCACAUAUCUGCAAAAUGAGUAAUAAUAGGUCUGACUUGGAUAAAACUUGCAAAAACUUUAGAAAAAGAAAUAAUGACGAAAUUUCUCCCAAAAAGAAGAAAAAAUCUUACUUAAAAAAGUAUUUCUUUUGCAAACCAGACACAAAACUUGAAAAAACUUUUAAAAACUAUAAUUAUGUUAUAAACGUCAAAUUUCAAAGUAUUUAUCAAACAUGCAAAAAUAUUUUUUGGUUAUACGAAAAACCGAAAAUUUUGAUUUUAGAUUAUAAAAGUGCGAAACUUAGAAAAAAACAUUUAUGAACCCAUUUUGGUUAUUUUAUUUUAUGCUUAAAUGAAAAGUUUUGAAAAAAAAGUAAUUGUUAAAGAAUUUUUUUUUUUUUCAAAAAUAAAACCUUCUGACAUGACCGAGAAAAACAUAUGUUUCGACAUCUGUAAGAUUUGAAAAGUUUUUAAAAUUCUAAAUUUUACUUUACAAAACUUGAAAAAACUUUAAACAUUGAGAAAAUGAGAGUUUUAUGCUUUUAUCUUAUUUUUGUUCAAAAAAAUGUAAGAGAUUUUCAUAAACGCAAUACUGCAAAACAAUAAUGUGAUACAUACGCAAUAUAUUUUUGACAGUUGUAUAAAAAGUUUUGCUAUUUUGAAUUUUUAGUAUUAUGCUCAUGAACAAAAAAUGUCGUUAGCAAAAAAAUUUAUUUAUUUCAGCCAAAUAGUGGAAAAUUCUAUUUCAGGAAAAAUAAAAAUUAGGAAAAACAAAAAAAGAAAACUGAAACAAAAAGAAAUUUUCUUAUAUUUAAGUAGAACAAUUAACAAUUAAAAAUUUAAAACCAAACUGCAAAGCCUAGUAAAAAAAAGUACAGCUGAUUUAACUGCGCUAGCCAUGAUAAUUUAAAUAAUUUGUGAUAGAUUAAAAAUGUUUAUGAACAAACUUGAUUAGCAACAUUUAUUUAUGAACACAAAUAUAGCACAGUUCUCGCCAUAUAUCGCGAUAUACUGUGUUUAUGAAAAGGUCUGUAAUCCCAGACACUUUGCAUGCAAAAAUUUUAUAAAAUUUUUAAAAGUUUUUAAAAACUUUCAAAAACCUUGUAACCCAAACUUUUAAAAUCUUACAGCUGCCGAAUUGUAUGUUUUUCUUGGUAAUAUCAGAAGGUUUUAAUUUUGAAUAUCAUCAACAAUACUUUUUUUUCAAAACUUUUUAAUUAAAAGUAAAAUAAAAUAACCAAAAUGGGCUCAUAAAUAGUUUGGGUUUCUUCGGAAUCCUUAAAGUCGUCAUCUUCUAAAAUAUCAACAAAAAAGUUUGUGUUCAGAAUUUAUUUGAUGUUGUGUGAUGUUGACAAAAUGUGUAUUCAAACUUUUUCCGAUACAUAUGUUUUUAUACCCUGCACUUCGUGAAGGGUAUAUUAACUUUGGUAUGGAGUUUGUAACUACUUGAAGGAGUCAUCUGCGGUAUGGACAUAUAUAUAUUCUUGCUCAGCGUAAAAUUCUGCGUCGAUUUAGACAUGUCCGUCCGUCCGUCCGUCCAUCCGUUCGUCCGCCCGUCCGUCUGUCCGUCCGAGCGCACGAUAACUCAAAAACGAAUAAUGCAAUCGACACCAAACUUUCACAAGUUUUUUGUUUUGUGCCAAGGACGAGCCCUAUUGUUAUUGGACUAAUUCGGACAACGGGUUCGAGUAGCUGCCAUACAACUCAAAGAGUUUAUUUUAAAUAUUUCAAAAAUUAAUAAAGCUAUAAAUAUAAAUUUUGUAUACAUAUGUCCAAUUAUAUUCUACACAUGCUCUAAAAAUUAUAAUGGGAUAGCUGCACCGGUUCGGGUGGCUACCAUACAACUCCAACAGCAAAUUUUUUAUAUUCAGAAAAAUAAUAAAGUCAGAUUCAUGAAACUUGGCAGUCAUGUGUCCAAUUAUAGGUCAAAUAUAUUUCCGAAGUUUUAGAGGAAUUGCUUGACGGGUUCGGGUACCUGC